AUGCCCAUCGGAUCCAGUACGGCGCCCUGCGUUAUCUCAAGUGCAAUUUAUUAUCUGCUCAAGAAUCCAGGGUGUGUUACGAAAGCCCGCGAAGAGAUCGAUUCGGUCAUCGGUGAUGGCGAGUUCACACAUGAUCAUCUGGAAAGCUUGCCAUAUUGCGCCAGAAUCGUACGAGAAAGCCUACGUUUGUCUGCGGCGGCACCUGGGUUCAACAUUGAGCCCUUGCCAGACGCACAAGGACCAAUUCUGCUAGGUGGAGGCAAAUAUCAUGUCCCAGCCAAGCAGACUUUGAUCAUUGUGCUGCAUGGCGUGAAUCGCGACCCAGCCGUCUUCGAAAGGCCCGAAACUUUCAACCCAGAAACAAUGGUGGGCGAAGCGUUUGAAAAGCUGCCCGAAGGUAGCAAGAAAUGGUUUGGAAACGGCAGACGCGUAUGUAUUGGCAAAGAUUACGCAUGGAUGUGGAACAUGACUACACUUGUCACUAUACUGAAAGACGUGGGAAUCGAAAUGGCCGACCCAAGCUACCAGCUAAAACAGGAUGGCUGGUUCAACCUGAGACCUGUUGAUUUCUACAUCAAAGUCAAGCCGAGGGCCAAGUAA